UUGAAUAAAUUAAUUUUAUAUUGCCUAUAAUUUUUAUUGUCCUAAUUAACUGAUUAAUAAUGAUGCACACAUACUUACCAAAAAAAUAAAACAAUACUCGUUAAAUCUCACCCAUGAAAUAAUUUUGAAACUUCAGCACACUAUCAAUGACCAUUACUAUCAAUGAGUAUUACACGAAAAUUAGAAAUAAUUCGAAAUCCCCAACCGCUUAUGGAUUUAUACCAGCUAGAACCUACCAAUUGAAAAUAUAAAGCUUCCCGGUCUGUGCAAACUGGCAGUUGAAUUUGAACUAACGCUCCAAUGAUCACCCAACCCGAAAUUUUAAAAUCAAUAUCAAACUAUCGGACUAAUAACUAACAAUUUUCUCUAAAAGCUUUUUUCAUUAAAUCGAUUCAAAAAUGAUAGCCUUAACUAAGCAUGCGCUGGAUUUUAUAACAAGUUGAAUUGACUAGUGAACUUUUUAGGACACUUUUCAAACCAUCAAAGCCUCUAACCCUUUACGAAUUAUUAAUCAGGCUUAAAUUCGUCCACUUAUCUUAUCAUGAAGGAGAAAAAAGUUUCCGAGUACAUUAUCUACCGUGAAAUAAUCAAAAAAUUACUUAUAGUCGUGGGUCUUUGGCCAUAUGACAAGCCAAAUAUAUUUUACAACUGCCUACCGCACAUACAGAUACUCGUAAACUUUUUUUUAUGCUUCGGGAUGCUUGGGUUCGUACAAAAAAAUUUUACAAACAUCGAUCUCGUUACUAAAGGGAUGAGCAUUAUGAUAAGUCUCAUGUCGACGAUCAUAAAGGUUGCGUGCUUCAUAGCAAACAAGGAUGACGCAAUCCAGCUGCACAAAAAUCUCGAUCCAUAUUUUACUACUCUUUUACAAGAUUCAGAACUAUCAAAAUUUGUUUUAAAAAGAUUUUCAGUUGUUAAAUAUUUGUCUGCUGUAUUUACAUUCAUUGUUACUUUGUCAUGUGCAAUGAGACUUAUUAUUCCUUUGAAUAUUGUCAUAAAACAACUUAAAAAUAAUAUUCAUCCGGUGAGAUACCCGCUGCUUUUUCCCAGUGUAUUUCCGUGGAAAGUGACACCCGAUAGUUAUGUUUAUGAAAUUGAGUUCGCGAUAGAAUCAUUUGCAGUUGUGACACUGUGUUUUAUAACUCUGAGCGUCGACUGUCUUUUUACGUUUUAUGUUUAUCAAAUGAUAGGUCAAUUGCGCGAGAUUUCUUAUUGUUUCAAAAAUUUAACUGAAGAAAGUGAUAGUCAGAGUAUUUUACGGAAAUGCAUUGGCCAGUAUCAAAUUUUGAUAGAAUCAAGAGACAUGUUACAGCGGCUAUAUGGUCCUAUUGUGUUGUGGAUCAUGGUUACGAAUGCUGUUAUUAUGUGUACAAUUGCUUUUCAAACGACGCAAAUGGAAAGUAUUUCUUUCGGACGUGGGCUACUAAUUUUCACAUGGAUAGCACUCAAAGUACUACAAACCUUCAUGUAUGCUUGGAGCGGAAGUUGCCUCACCUUAGAAUCUGACGAAUGUCGAGAUUCUAUUUACGCUUGUGAGUGGUAUGGAAACAAACGUCUCAUGACAUCGAUAGUAAUUAUUUUGUCCCAACGACCGCUAAUUUUGACAGCUUGCAAUUUUUCGGUCGUCUCAGUUGAAAUUUUCCAAAUGGUUAUAAACACAACUGUUUCGUACUUUUUCCUCCUCCAGACUCUCGAAGAAUAAAUAAAAUGAAUGAUUUUUUACAACGACA